AGAGGAAGAAUCCAAAACUAUAAGUAUAAUAAGAGUUGUCUUUAUUAUCAUGCUGAGGAAAAAGGUAAAUGAAACCUAUCUUUUUUUAUAUUUUUCAUUAUUUUCUACAAGAUCCUAAAAUUUUUGCUCUUGGUUUCUUUAAAGUUGAUUAAUGCAUAUUGAUGGGAGAAUAGGAAGAGACCAUACCUAUUUUACCUACUACUCUACUCUCUCGGUCUCUCCCAACUCCCAAGUAUCAAAUGCACAACACACACCACAGGACAAAAAAUCUAACUCUCAUAUAUUUUACUUAAUAGAAAGGGAAUUAUUAAUUACAUAGUACUAGUAUAUAUCUAUACCCUCUUUAACCCAUUCCCAAUUCUCAAGAUCUUUGUCUCUCUUUUUAUUCUUCCUUGGAUUUUCUUGAAAACAAAGAUCCAAAUUUUACUCUCAAGGAAAGAGAGAAAUGCUGUCAACAACUCUUAGUGGGAACUAUGGGUUUCCACUCUGCAUCCCUGGGAUCACUCAGCAAUUAAGCCUCCCCAGAGAAAUGGCAGAUCAUGACAAGAGAAGGAAGGUGAUACAGAGGAGAAGGAGAUCAGAAGGUAGAGAUGCGUGCCUAAACCACGGUGAAGAAGGUGCAGAGCAGCUUCAAGGGAUGAGAGAGGAUAAAGACGUUAGAGAUCUAGUUGAUUUAUUACAAGAUCUUGGCUUGUGGAGCUUUUCUUCUCACACAGCUAAAGCUGCUUAGUGUGUUUUGCUUUAUUACAAGAUCUAGGCUCGUGGAGCUUUUCUUCCCACACAGCUAAUGCUGCUUAGUAUUAAAAAAAAAAAAGAAAUCCCAAAAAUGCUUUUUAUUUAGAUCCCACUGAGUUAUGUUUCUUGUAAAACUGCAGAUCCAUGAUGAUUUUCAUUGUUGUUGUUGACACGUUUAUUUGUCGUUGGUGUGAUGUUUUAAGCUGCUCCUUUUGGCCUUAUCCAUAUAUUUUGGGUUUUAGUUCCGAGCGUUUUCGUUUGUAAUUUCUACAGUUUCAACUGCUUGUUCGGUUUCAUUCCUAUCUAAGAAGGAAGGAGUAGCAAACCAUAUGUCGGAAUAAAGCUGCGUUCUACAGCUCUUAACUUAUACAAAGCUGUUAACUUGCAAGACAACUCUUAAAUAACUCAUAUUUGUUACUUUUAGGAGUUGAUUAAGAGUUAUCGUCUUAAAAGUAAUAUAAAGCAAAGAGACGAGUUAAUUUGUAACACAAAUCCUAAAUAACUUUUAAGCAAAAUUAUCCGAAAAUGCAUAAUUUAAAACCAUAAUAAAAGUCUCAGAGAUCCAAAAAGGAGGAAGAAAGAAGAAAGUCACAGAAAUAAAGAGAGAGAAAA